GGGAUCGUUUCUCUGGCUCAAGUUAGAAGUGAGAGUUUAGAUAAGUGAGGCCGCCAUUGCUGCUUUGAACACCUCAGAAGGGGAGAAUGGAUUUAUCAGGAGUGAAAAAGAAGAGCUUGCUAGGAGUCAAAGAAAAUAAUAAAAAGUCCAGCACUAGGGCUCCUUCUCCUACCAAACGCAAAGACCGUUCUGAUGAGAAGUCCAAGGAUCGCUCUAAAGAUAAAGGGGCCACCAAGGAGUCGAGUGAGAAGGAUCGUGGCAGGGAUAAAACUCGAAAGAGGCGCAGCGCUUCCAGUGGGAGCAGCAGCACCAGGUCUCGGUCCAGCUCUACCUCCAGCUCUGGCUCCAGUACUAGCACUGGCUCAAGCAGCGGCUCUAGCUCUUCAUCAGCAUCAAGCCACUCAGGAAGUUCCAGCACAUCCCAAAGCUCCAGUUCCAGCAGCUCCUCCGGCUCUCCGAGUCCUUCUCGGCGCAGAAAUGACAACAGGAGGCGUUCCCGCUCCAAAUCCAAACCACCCAAAAGAGAUGAAAAGGAAAGGAAAAGGCGGAGCCCUUCUCCUAAACCCACCAAAGUCCACAUUGGUAGGCUCACCAGGAAUGUGACCAAGGAUCACAUCAUGGAGAUAUUCUCCACCUAUGGGAAAAUUAAAAUGAUUGACAAGCCUGUAGAAAGGAUGCACCCCCAUCUAUCUAAAGGCUAUGCGUACGUGGAGUUUGAGAAUCCAGAUGAAGCUGAGAAGGCGCUAAAGCACAUGGAUGGAGGACAAAUUGAUGGCCAGGAAAUCACCGCCACUGCUGUGCUGGCCCCUGGCCUAGGCCACCCCCCAGGCGAUUCAGCCCUCCCAGGAGAAUGCUACCACCACCUCCCAUGUGGCGUCGGUCACCCCCAUGAAUGAGGAGAAGG